CUAGACGACGUGUGCACGCGGCUGCUAGUAGAUAUAUAUUCGUCUAUUAAGCAAUCCGCUAGCUCUUAAAUGAAACAGCAGUUUCCGGUAUACACGUGAACAUGAUUAACAGUCUUAUGAGAUGAUCGAUCUACAUUUACUUAUAUAUCUACGAAUAUAUAGUAAUCUGAAGAGAUGAAGAUUAAGAAAUGGCUGAAAGUGCAUGUGAAGACGACCUAAAAUUAUCGCUUUUAGUUGAAGGUGUAGUCAUAAAGGCUCAGACCGAAAUAACAAAUGAGAAGUCAGAAAUAAUUCGUGAUGUCAUAAGGUUCCAUAUCAACACCUGGCUCGAUCAGGUAGAACAAAUUAACCCUCUUUAUAAAGUAUCAGAAUUAAUUCCAGUUGGAAGUUACGCCGAGGGAACUAAAAUAAUACAUGCAGACGAAUUUGACUAUUUGGCUGUCAUUGAAGAAUUGUCAAAACCAGAUGUGAUAGAAAUAGAUACAAGUAAAAGCGACAUUAAUAAAGGCUUGGUAAAAGUCGUAAUAGCAAACGAAGAAUUAAAGUUAAAAUGGGGCGGACUUUGUAAAGACGGUCAUCUGACAUGUUUUCAACCCAUUAACUUUCCAGGAAUUGAUGAAAAAAGAUUUGGACAUGUUGUUAUCGACACGGUAUUUAAGUUUAUCAGAAACUUGAAACGAAAAUCUUUUUUACAAAGAAUCCAACUGCCAUAGAAGAUUGCAUAACUGUCUUACCAGCCGUGAAUGGUGUGACUUUAUUUUUUACAGGCGCUGAUUUUAGAGCACCUAAUGUUAUUCUAAACUUUGAAUACGAGAACAGGAAGGUAUCGGUUGAUGUUUCACCAGCAAUAAGAUAUCAUAAAUUCCACGACUGUUUCCAAGCUGAGGACUGCGCUGGUCCAGGGUUUGCUGAACUUGUUCUUCGACAAAAAUCUCUAUUGCUUGUUGGAACUUCAAGAAAAUCUGAUUUUAAAGUGACUGUAACGGAAGCAGAGGUUGAAUACAUAUUGACUGUCAUGAAACCCAAGCACAAUAUCAUCUAUAUAUUUCUUAAGUAUAUUGUAAAAUUAUACGAGGAUGUUCUUCUGGACACAUUUACCUCAUAUAUGAUGAAAACUGUUUGUAUCCACCAUGACAUUAAAUGUGAAAAUGACGAUAGAUCUGUACAAGAUUGUUUACGAUCAGUCAUAAAUGAUCUAAAUGUUUGCAGGCAGCAAUAUUUUGUUAUAAGUAUAGUAAAUAAACAUAUUCACCUUGUUAGACACAUUGAUGAAGAAGAAAAAGACAGAGAGUGCUUACUUCAAGGCAUGACUGCAAUGUGUCAGCUACCUGCAGAAAUUGAAACCGUUGAAGGCUUUGAUACUUUUUUGAAGCAGAUUGUUGACAGCGAGCGUCAGAAAAGAUAUAGAGCUGAAAUGGAAGAAGAUAAACUAAGAAGAGAAGCCUAUGAACGCUUUCGUGAAGAACUUGAUGAAAGUAUUUCAAAUAUUGUUGGUAUGGGUUUUGAUCCUGAUGAAGUGAAAAUCGUUCUGGAUAACACUCUGUAUGAUUCUGAAUUAGCAAUUAGAAUUCUUCAAAAGCGUGCCAGGGAGCGAGAGGAGAAAAAUGCUAAAGUCACUGAUAGCUGUUCUUCAUCUGAUGGCAUUUCCAUGCAUGUCUCUGAGACGAAUUCUGUCACUGAAAACUGUUCUGGUGGUGGUGUGCCUGAAAGACUUUCCUUGUCGGUAAAUACGUCUCAGAAUGGGAGUUCACAUUCUGAAGAAUUCCCCCUUGCUGUUCACAGGCCCCAAAAUACUACAAUCACACAUAAAUUAUUGUACCAACGGAAAAAAGAUGGGUAAAUUGUUGUGAAGUAACCAAACAGAAACAAAAUAACAGCAAUAACAAAUUUAUUCAGCAUCAAAUACUUACAUAUUUAUAGCUGACAAUACCAAACAAGUGGUGGUAACCGUUAUACAAAUAUAUAGUAUGGUUUCAAAUUGCAGUAUUGCCUACGUAGCGUACAGUAUUUCGGACAUACUUACAAAACAAGAAAUUCGUUUUCUACAAGAUUCAUCUUACAUUGCCUACAUUUUCUGUCUUCCUUUAGUAUAUUUAGUCUGCCGACCUCUCUUUCUAAACUGUGAGAUGAAUUCUAAAUUUUGUUAAAUCAAUUAUAUAUUUAUUAAUGUUUCAAGUAUUCUUCCAAUUCAAGUUCGUGUCUCAAUAAUGUAUGUUUCUAAUUUGAUAGAAUUGUUUAUUUUGGCAUGCCGCCAUUGCUUAUAUAUAUAUAAGCUUUAUAGCUUUCGGCUCUUAUAUAUAUCCUUUUUCAUUCGUGUAUCUACUUAUUGUAAAUAAAUUAACAACGUGUUGUAUCAUUGUUUGAAAUAAACUAUGUUUAAACUUAACUAAGAUCAACAUAUAAACCAUCAAGAUUAGUAGACUUUCUUACAUUCAAUAUUUUUCGAAGAAAUUUACAAUUAAUAACAUAUAUAUUUUUACCCUCACUAUGGCCUAAAACUUCAGCGCCAUAGUUUAGAGCUAUAAAAGAAUUUACACUUUUCAGAAUUAGUCAUUUCAAGUUCAUUGAAUAAAUACUAUAAAUAAGUUAUGCAGUGCAAACAGUGAAUGUUGGGCCAGCUUCUUUUAAGUGCGCUGCCAGUGACCAUAUUUAAAUAAAUUGAUUUCGAGGUUUUUAAAUACUUAACCAUAUUAUUAGACAUAAAAGCAUAAGUCGCGUAUCUUUCAAGUACAAAGAUCAUUACUUUAGUUUUCUUAAUGUUGACUUUGAAACUCCAUGUUUGACAAUAAGGGUGUAGGUCAUUUAACAUUGAUUGAAGUGCUUCCGGUUUAUGCGCAAUAAAACAGCAUCGUCUGCAAAUAGCAAAUAGCAAAAUGAACAGUUAGUCUCAUUCAAUAUAAAAAUCCUUCUGUAUCGUCAUUUAAACAAUGUACUAGAUCAUUUACAAAGAAUAAAAAGAAAAAACUUUGACCUUAUGUUUGAGUCGGAAAAAGUUGACGUGUUAUGUUUGUAUCUUAUAACUGUUCAUACUUCAUAAAGCUUUAACAAAUUUUGUACCAACGUUUUCAUCAAUAAGAUUUUGAAAAAUAAAAGGCCGGUUUAAUGUAUCGAAGUCGAUAAAACAGCUUUAUAACUUGUAUUUGGAAUGAAGUGUGCUCUGGAGUAAAAUAUACAAUCAAUUGUUGAUUUUUCUUUUUGAAAUCCACAUUGAUUGUUUACAUUUUUAUUUAUUCUUUAUUGAGCAUAUUUUAAGCCUAUUAAAUAGGAUUUGAGAAUGUUUUUUUCCUAUUAUGCUAACAAAUGUGAUUACUCUUUAAUUUUUCGCACCUUCAGCAUCAUCACCUUUAAAUAUCGACACUAUAAUGCCUUCUCUCCAAGAAUGCGAAAAACUUUCGGUUUCGAAAUUUUAUUGCAUAAAUGGUGAGAUUAUAUUGUACGAAUGUUUGAAUAUUUCUGCUAUUAGGCAUUUCCGCUACCCUUAUUAUUAUUUUGACUAUAAACAGCAUUUUCUAUUUCUGAUAAAGUUAUAUUACGGUCUAAAUCCUCAUCUUAAAUUAACAUAUCUUGAUCGUUUGUAAAUACGUCUUUGUUUACAUCAUAUCAAUUUUUAAAAUGGUCAACUAAUAAAGUAAUAUUAAGGUCUAUAGCUGACACAGGUGCUUUAACGUAUUGACUUUUUACUAUUUUCCCGAAUGGUUUUGGUUGAGUUAAACAGAUAUAGUUAAAGCUUUUAAACAUUGUCUUUUUCUUUCAUUUUUUUAUUGUAUUUGUGUACUAGUUUAAUACGAUUGUACUUAGUCCUAGAAUUUAGAUAUGCGUCUUUUAACAUGAAACUUGAUUCAUCUCCUAAUAUAGGUUUCAAACAUUUUUAAGAUCCGAUCUUGCAUUGUAGUGCGUUCUCUAUUUAAACUUGGCAAUUUUUUUUAAAUCGCGCUUUUGUUUUCAACGUAUAUUUUGCGCUCAUGUCCAAAAAUCGCCUGAGCACAAUUAUUUAAUGAAUUAAUGAAUAAUUUUAACGCUUCGUUAACAUUAUUGUUGAGAUUAUUUUAAAUAUCAGUAAGGUUGUCAAAAGUAUCCUUCUCACGUAUAAGUAUUUGUUGAAAAUCGUUUAUUUUAUUUUUUCAUUCCAAAAAAGUUUCUGUUUCAUGAAUAUUUAUAUUCGGUACAUUUUUAAGACUCUUACUCAUAAUAUUAAAAGAGAAAUCACAAUGAUUUGAAAAUUCGUUUCGAUCUAGUAUACAAAAAUCACUGAGUACAUGAAAAUCAUUAAUAUGUAAUAGUAAAUAGUCAACAACAGACCGCCCUUAAACGAAUGAUGUGGUAGUUCUCCAAUGCCAAGGCUCAUGAAGUAAUCUUGAAUUGUUAAAAAAGGUAGACAAUUCAAUCAAGCGCUUGCCGUUAUGAUCAACAACCUGGUCCUAGGAAACAAAAGGCGGAAUGUUUACAUAGUUUGACAAAUCGUUAUCAUGGUCAAUAUACAUGUAUAUGUCGAAAUCUAGCCUAUCAGAUAAAUUUGAUGUAAGACUAUUUAAAUCUUCCGUAAUAAGACAUUUACUCUAAGAUAUAUAUCUUUCUAAACCAUU